UGGAGGUCGGCUGGGUUUAGGAACCUAGUGCUGAGUUUCGUGGAUGCGACGUUCGCUUCACCGAUUUGCGUGCAGCCGAUUGCCCUCGGAGCAGAUCUGUGCAUGCAUAGCUGCUCAAAGUACAUCGGUGGACAUACGGAUGUGAUUGGCGGAUGUGUGACAACCCGCUCACUUGACCACUGGAAACGUCUUAAACUUCAGCAGCUCACCACCGGCAGUGCCUUGUCGCCAUUUGACGCCGCCCUGUUGGCCCGUGGAUUGAAGACCUUGCCAUUGCGAGUUGAUAAGAUCUGCUCAAACGCUCACCGCAUUGCGCAAUUCCUGGCCCAGCAUCCAAAGGUGCUACACACACACUAUCCAGGGCUAGCCAGCCAUCCAAUGCACGAGGCAGCCAAGAUAUUCAUGAAAAAAUGGAGCGGCAUGAUUGCCUUCGACGUCGGCAGCGCAGAUGCGGCUAUCACGGUGGUUGAGUCAGUCCGACUGAUCAUUCACGCGGUCUUCACUUGGAGGAACGGAAUCGUUGAUGGAGCAUCCCCAUGUCGAUGUCACACAGCAGUCAACUUCUUCGCGAUAUGGACGAACCAAUGGUCCCUCCAGGUCUGCUACGGCUCAGUGUUGGAAUCGAAAACGCCGACGACCUCAUCGCCGAUCUGGAAAGGGCCCUCGCUCGGAUCUGAUCAACCUCCUAGUGAUUUUGCCCGCAAUCGCAAUAAAACUUUUGCCCAAGUGUCGUAA